GAUGGUCUCUUGGCUUUGAAGCAAAGAGACGUUGGAAAGCUACUUGCCUGUUGUGCCAAGCCAACAAAGUUAAUUUCGUGGACCAGUUUGGUCAGAAGGCUGCAAUUUCUUUGUCCAUCUCUCUCUUGUCCAACAAAUCUCCUUUCCUUCCUUCCUUUCUCCCUUCACACACUGCCCCCUCUUUAACCAUCAAGCCAUCUCUCUCUCUCUCUCUACAUUGCAUGUAAAGAGCCCAAGAUCUAAUGUCAUUCAUUAUAAUCCUGCCCAGUUCAAAGAUCCAUUGAAGAGAGUUCAUAUUUGAGAAAGCAGGAGGAAUAGUAAUGGCUUCUCUUACACCCGGAGUACUGCUUAAGCUCCUCCAAGGAAUGAAUUCCAAAAUAAAGAUUCUUGGAGAAUAUCGAUCGGUCCUUCUACAAGUGAUCAGCAUUGUCCCGGCCUUGAGUGGUUCGGAGCUGUGGCCUAACCAGGGGUUCUUCAUAAAAGUUUCGGAUUCUUCUCAUUCGACAUACGUCUCUUUAUCCAAGGAAGACAAUGAGUUGAUCUUGAACAAUAAGUUGCAGCUAGGCCAAUUCUUCUAUGUUGACAGGAUCGAAGCUGGGACACCAGUCCCUACUCUGGUUGGAGUUCGGUCAGUCCCAGGACGACAUCCAUUUGUGGGCAACCCGAAAGAUUUGAUGCAGAUACUGGAGCCCUCUGAUGGCCUAACUCAAGUUGAUCAAGAAGGGGUUACUAGUCCAAAAGAGAGCUUGAAAAAGAAAUUAGUUGUUAUCAAAGAGGAGAAAGCGGCUGUUGCAUCGAGGUACAUGCAGGGUGUCUUGACGCCUAAUACCAAAGUAAAUGGCACCGAUCCAAUUAGCAACGGGAAGAGCAUUGCAAGAUCAAGUGGGGGCGACCAAGCCACCGGUGCUAAAGGCAGUGAGUGCGAGGGCAGUGGAGCCAGUAAGAAGGUUGCAUUGGUCAAGUGCAAAGUGCAAGAGCUUAAAGGUCAGACACGGCCGAGUACUCCUGUUCGAAACCGUCCUGCAGCACUUGCCCCAAGGCCAGAUGUUGCUGUAUCUGACACCAGCAAGGAGACUUUGGCGCCUUUGAAAAGCGCGAUGGCAAAGCAAAUGACUAGCAAACUAGAAAACAUGGACUUGAAUUGUUCGUCAAACGCGAGGGAGAAGACUCAGCCACCAGAGAUGAUGUCCUGGUCCUCUCUGCCCACCUAUCUUUUGAAUCCCGGGAAGGGAAUGCUUAAAAGGAGAAACUUAGCUUCUUUGGUAGCAGCAGAAGCUCAAAAGGAAGCAUCUCAAGCUGCAAUCCUAGUCAAGUGCUUCAGUAUGUUUGCUGAUCUCUGCUCAUCUGCCUCAACGGAGAAUCCUCAUCUCUCUCUCGGCAAGUUCUUUGCUCUUCACCAGCUUAUCAACCAGCCAAUUGCCACUACUCCUUCCAAGGAUAAAUCACUAAGAUUCUCCAACGGGUCAAUUCCUCAAGAGAAGGAGAGGGACAAAGUUAGCAAAAAGAGAGGAGUUGAUAGCGGGAGACGGGCAAUGAAGGCCUUGAAGCCCUCGGUAGAGCUAAGUGGAGCCGAUAAACUUGAAUGGGCAAAAGGAGAUGGUUUGAAAGAGAUCAAAGAACUAAGGGAGAAGCUCUUGAAUGAAACACAAACUUGGUUUCUGAAAUUCCUGGAGGAAGCACUCGAAGGGGGAUUUCGAGUGGGAACGCAGGAAAAGAAAGGAAAGGACAGGCGAACAGAGCCAGACAACCACAUCGCGGUCGCGUUAUCACAGCUGAAGCAGGCCAAUGAGUGGCUGGACAAGCUGAAAACCAACUCCAGCUCAGAGAAAAAUGAGCUUUCUGAGACCGUCCAACAUCUUAAGCAAAAGAUAUAUGCCUGUUUGCUUGUUCAUGUGGACUCUGCUGCAUUGGCUCUAGAGAGCCGAUCUGAUCGUGCUUGAUUCAGAAUCUGUGGAUUGCCUUGUGAUGCCUUUCAGUUGGUAUUUAUAAAUAAUUUAUGAUAGUUAAGUUGGAUUUGGUUUCCUAAUCCUUGGUGAAAAAGAAAAAGAAAAAGAAAAUUGAGAAAACAGUUAGAUGGCAACAUCUGUGAAGAAGUUCUUUUGUGUAUACAUGAAAGUAAUAAAAUGGCCAUUAAAGGCCCUUCUGCUAAGAACCUUACCUGUGUUCUUCUUCUUCUUCUUCUUCUUCUUCUGUUUUGCAGGGUGAAGAGAAGGCUCGAGCUGGAGAGCAGCGCACAUGCUAAAUCAUCAGUCCUCGGACCAAUCUAGCAUGUGCCCUGCUUCUCCAGCACGAGUCUCCCAUCGCCGCAUCCAGAGACUUUCGAUAUGUAGCCUCAUAACGACUGCAACGACGUUGCUGCAUUAUAUAAGGAGGCAACUGUGCUCAAAUUUCGUACUGUUUCCAGUGCAUUUUGUUGGUUGGAUGAGGGUGGUUGACCUUGCUGCUCUUCUUGCAAAAUCAAGAGUUUUUUGUUGUGUCGUUUGAGCAGAUUCAAUGGUGGUUUAAAGUAAAUGAGUUUUGGUUCAGUGUCGGAUGAAGUUUGGCUGCCAAAAAGGUAGUAAUAAAGGUGUGAAAGUGCUAGAAACUUCACAAAGGCAGGCCACCCACCAUGGCCUAUUAGGAGAUCAGAUGCCCAUUAAGUAUUCGAGCUCAAGAAGAUCCAAUUGAUUUUGCUUUAUCAGGCACAUCACAACAGUUGUAUUUCUAAUGAAUUUCAUCAAACUACAGGACAUUAAAAUUUUUCCAAUUGACAGAACAAUCUCCAAACAAAUCCUCAUAGAGAAGUUUUUAUUAGAACAAAGCUGCAGAAGCACAUAAGAAUAACAGAAAAAAGCAGUUGACCGGCAUGGGGCUUAUUCCUCAAGGCUCCUACUGAACCAUGUAAGUAACAGGGCCUGCAAUGAAGACAGCCCAGAAACCGAGCAAGGCCUGAACCACGUCGAGCACGACAAGAGGAAUGCGAA